AUGCGAACAUUCGGUGCAACUAGGCAUACCCUACGAAGCUCAUAAGCACUGUUCCAGUACACAAAUCUGCAAAAUCUCCCAUAAAGUUCUAUAUAGCCCCCCAUUAUUGUAAUGUUCAACGAUCCCGUGUAGCAGCGUCUGCGCAGAUGGAGAACCAAGACCAGCAGCCAAACCUCUGUACUAAUGGCUGCGGCUUCUUCGGCUCUCCGUCCAACGGCGGAAUGUGCUCCAAAUGCUACAAACUCCACCACCCCCAACCGCCACCAGUCAACGCCUUCGUUCCCUUGGCGGCGCGGUCGUCGCGCAAUCGCCUGAAUAUCAACGCUACCACACACCCUCCGGUGGCACCUCCUGUUAUCGAUGUACCGCCGGAUAAAACCCCGGAAACCGUCCGACCACCUGAUCUCAUGCCGCUAGAAACCAACGGCGAAGAAAGUGAAAAUAUCAACCAAUCCAUAGACGCGCCCAAUAACAAAGAGGCCUCGUCGCGGUCAUCCAGUAACGAGUCUCGGACAGGACCAGGCCGAUCGAUCAAUCGGUGCAAAGAAUGCAAUAAGCGUGUGGGGUUGACUGGGGUAACAUGCCGAUGCGGCGGAUUAUUCUGUGCCAUACAUCGUUAUCAUGAUGCGCAUAAAUGCCCGUUUGAUUACCGUUCUUUGGGAACAGAAGAAAUUCGUAAGAAUAAUCCCGUCGUGAGAGGCGAUAAAAUAAAAAAAUUGUGAACUGUGAUUUUUUUGUCGGAUUAUCCACUACGUUUGUCAUUUUUAUUUGUUUAAUUCGUCGAAUAACCUAUGAGAAAAUGUGGUGCUUAAGAAUCGCGUUGG